GGUCAAAUAUAUACAGUCGACACAGAUGAAUCGGUUUAUUUCUCCAUUUAUUUCAUGUCCAGAUUUUCUUCAACAAUUUUUCAUGCAUUAAUUGUAUGUUUAAUCAGAGAAAUUCGCAUCCUAAUUGAUUUGUAUACACAUACAGUAGAUAUACUAGUAAUAUACGAGAUGUUAACAAGUUAUCGCCGGAUGACAGCCGGAGCCGCCGCGACGCCGGCUGUGAUUCAUCACAUUCCGCGUCGACUCUCAGUAAUUCUACAAAUGGACCGUCCACGGCUCCAGUUCAGAGGUGGAGUGGGAGUAGGAGAACAGGGCGUUUUACAAUCGAGGAAUUGGGUGAUUGAGGCGGCGGUAGGGUCCACGAGAGUAAGAGGAUUGAGAUCAACAGGCGAGGAGGAGGUGAAGAGGAAGGUCCAGCCACCAAAUUGUUGUGCGUACGACCAUGAACAUCAGGAGGCUGUGGCGGUAGAGAAGAGUAAAGACGGUGAUCGGAGGGUGGAGGUGGUGGUUGCGGCAGCGACGACGGUGGUGCUGGGCGUAGGGAAUCGGGUGCUGUACAAGCUUGCGUUAGUCCCUCUGAAGCAAUAUCCAUUCUUUCUCGCUCAACUCGCCACUUUCGGGUACAUAGUUGUAUACUUCUCUAUCUUGUAUCUCCGUUAUCAGGCUGGCAAAGUCACUGAUGAAAUGUUAUCUUUGCCCAAGUUUCCACUAGUUGCUGUAGGCCUGUUGGAGGCUCUUGCAGCUGCAUCUGGAAUGGCAGCUGGAGCUAUUCUUUCUGGCGCAGCAAUUCCUAUUCUAUCUCAGAGCUUUCUUGUCUGGCAACUUAUUCUCUCUUAUAUCUUUCUUGGGAGGAGAUAUAGUUUUAACCAGUUGUUUGGAUGCUUUCUUGUGGCAGUGGGUGUUAUCAUAACUGUGGCAAGUGGAUCUGGUGCUGAUUCACUGAUGGGAGCUGGUAUCUUUUGGAGUCUGUUGAUGAUCAUUUCUUUCUUGUUACAAGCUGCUGAUACAAUCUUGAAGGAGAUAAUAUUUUUGGAUGCUGCUCAAAGAUUAAAGGGAGGUAGCGUCGAUCUAUUUGUUAUAAACUCUUUUGGAUCUGCUUACCAGGCAAUUUUCAUAUGCCUCCUGAUACCCUUCUUAUCAAACUUAUGGGGUAUUCCAUUCAGUCAACUUCCAAAUUACUUUAAAGAUGGUUCAGCCUGCUUUUUGAACAUUGGAACCAUGUCAAAGAGCUGUGAUGGUGCACCUUUACUACCACUUCUCUUUAUCAUUGUCAAUAUGUGUUUCAAUAUUUCAUUGCUGCAUCUGCUCAAGAUCUCUUCUGCUGUGGUAUCUUGUCUUGCAUCAACGUUUACAGUGCCAAUAACUGUAUAUUUAUUCACGUUGCCUCUCCCCUAUACUGGGGUUGCAUCCUCCCUUCCACCUGGCUUUGUAGCAGGUGCCAUUGUCCUUCUUGUGGGUUUGCUUUUUUAUACCUGGAGACCGUCAGAGAAUUCCAAACAUGAAUCCUCUCUCGUGAGUUAGCUAUAAACCGGAUAAUGUUUUUUUGACAUCCUUUAUCGGCAUCAAUGCAAUGAGACACUGGAGGCAGGCAUUUUCGGAGUUGCUAGUCGGUUAGAGAAAUUUCAACAUAAAUAAGGACAAAAAGGUCCCAUUCGCAUUCAAGAAUAUUUCUGUUCAUGCCUCCUGAACUGUCAUGCUGUUUCAUCUCCCCUUUGCUCCAUUUAAAUCUGAUGCUUACUAAUUAGGGGGAAAUAAGUCCUUAAGUUGGGUUCUUAAGCCGCUGUUAUCAACUGGAUUCACGUCAUUGUACUCGUACUCAGAAAAAAACUAGAUAAAAACACAUAGUUUAUAUGACACAGAAUGAGCAGAAUCCAGUAGGUUCUUAUGCUCCCUGCUCAUGUACUAGAAUAAUAGGUACUUGAUGUACAAGAACCCUGUUGAGUCAUGAUUUGUGAUUUUGAUCAUUUAAGUUAGAUUGAUCAGAGGAAAGUAGGCUUUCUAUUGUAAAAUAAUAUCUUAGGAAUCCAAAUAAUUUUUUUA